GCAUGUAUGUGCAACGUUUGCAAGAAGAGUUCCCGAAUCUAUCUCAAGAUCAAAUAGAUGAGAGUCUUGAAACAUAUUUUUCUAUAUGGUUCAAGGAAUAUGUUCGAUCCAAUCAUAUUGAGAACAAAUACUUGCGUAGUCUUGCUCAUGGACCAUUAAUAAGAGCAUAUGCUUAUCCAAUGUGUUUUGUUAAUGGAUACAAAUUUCACACAUUACGUCGCGGUAGUGCUAGAUCAACAAUGAACAGUGGAGUUUGUAUCUCGGAUCCAAAUGUUGGAGAUUACUAUGGACGGAUACAAGAGAUUAUACAAGUGGAAUACCGUGAAGCACCUUUAAAGCAAACUACAUUAUUCAAGUGUGAAUGGUUUGAUCCAACUAUGAAUGUUGGUGUUAAGGAGCAUAAUCAGUACAAAUUGGUCGAUGUUAACCAUCGUCGUCGGUUUAACAAAUAUGAACCUUUUAUUCUUGCAAUGCAAGCAACUCAGGUGUGUUAUGUGUCUUAUCCUAGCAUAAAAAAGGACAAGGAUGAUUGGUUAGCUGUAUUGAAAGUCAAACCUCGAAAUGUUAUUGAAUUACCUGAUGAGGAAGUGAUCACAACUCCGGAAGUGGAACUAAAUCUUCCAUUCCAAGUUGAAGAAGUUGAAGUCCAUGAGAUAGAUAUGAAUAUGAUCAUUGAUGAAGUUAUACUCUUGCAUGAUCCAAAUGGGGAAGCAAUUGAAAUGGAUGAACCAAUUGAUGAUGGAUUGUUUCCAGAGCAUCGUGAAUCCGAAGAAGAGCAUCAAGACUCUGAAGAAGAAUCUACAGAAGAUGAGUAUGAAAUCGAGGAGGAUGAUGAGGAGGAGUUCGAAGAAGAAAUAGAUACUGACUAG